CCAAACUAUAAUAUUAAAUAUUCUACAUUAAAUAAAAUAUAAAUAUUAUGCACAUAGUUCAAAUGAUAGAGCGAAAUGCCCAAUUGGAUCUUUACUAAAUGUCAUGCGCGCUAAUCGCUCGUUUUCAGCGUCCAGCUAGCAGCUAGUACUCGCUCGUUCGCUUAAAUUUCACAAAAUCUGAAUAAUGAUGGAUCAAUACAAAAUAGACACAAAUCAGCUGAUAUCUGAAAUUCACAAGCGACCAGCUCUUUGGAAUAAUAAAGAUGUACUUUAUCACAAUCGGGAUUCAACAAAUUCCAUGUGGACGGAGUUAUCAUCAAUGUUUAAAUGUCCAACUGUUUUAAAAUCAAAAUGGAAAGGUUUGCGAGAUACUUUUCGAGGAGAGUUAAAAAAAGAGCAGACACCAUGCAAAAGUAAAUAUUCGACUAGAAAUCGUGCAAUGUGGACCCACUACAAAAAUUUACUAUUUCUAAAAGACCAAAUGUUACCAAGACCGCCAAUUUGGGAGCGUGAAGAUAAUAAAAAUAACAACUACGUCAAGAGUAAAACCUACUGUAAUAAUAAUAAUCACAAGCAACUGAAAAAGCUGUUUAAUAUUGUUAUCGAGCGUAAAAAUUUAUCAUCGGUGAACGGCCAAAGUGUAAACAAGGAAGAACUCGCUGAAGAUAUUGUUAAAAAGCCAAUAAAAAUAAAUUUAACAACGCCUGAUAAUGAGCCAUCAAGUAGAACAAUGCAUCCAGUUAUUGCCACUCCAGAUAACGAAUAUGUUGAGUCAAUUGUUAAAAAAGAGCCGAUUGACAUCGUGGAUAAUGGGGAGUAUAGAAAUAAUAUUGCUGACAAUUACAACAAUGAAGAAGAAAGAGAAACAAGUGGAAAAGAAGAAAUAUUUGAGACCGUAUUGCCGGAACAAGUGUUUCCAAGUUUUGCUGAGGCUUCAAUGGCCGAUCAAAAUCGUCAGGAUGAUAAUUACCACUUUUUAAUGAGUCUUUUGCCUCAUAUCAAAACAUUGCCAGCUGAGCGGCGAAUGUUACUACGAAUCCAGAUGCAAGAACUUGUUUACAAGGAAGUCUACAAGAAGAAUAUAAACACAGAUUGUUAAUUUCUGUAUAAUAUACACAAUAGAAUACUUGUAAAUAAUAUUAUCUAAGUUUUCGUAGAAGUUUUUAUCAACAGAUGCAUAUAUUAUAUAAAAAUUCUUUUGUUCUUCAAAAA